AUGGCAACCCGCGACGAACGGCGCAGCGCAAGCCAGCAGCGGCAGCGCUCGACGUCACGGCCCCGCACCCCGCGCCCGACCACGCCGCUGCGGCCGUCGUCACGGUCCUCGUUUCGCGAGUCGGCGCGCGGCAGCGUACACGGCGAUGCCGCGUUCCCGCUCAACGCCUUUGAGCCGGCGUUUGCCGAGCUCUCGGACGCCAUGGCCGACCUCGAGGCCAACAUGAUGCACUUCCAGAUCAUGCACGAGAGUCUGUCGCGCUUCACCGAGAGCUUUGCGAGCUUUCUCUACGGUGUCAAUAUGAACGCCUUUUGCGUCGAGUUCCCAGAGGCCCCCGUACCCGAGUCCUUUACCCGGGCGAGGCAGAUGGAGGAGAAUCAGCCUGCUAUGCAAGUUCCUGAAAAGUCUAGAGAAGCCGAUGCGGAUGCGACCUUUAUGACAACCGAUACGUCUUUCGUGGACAACCCACCAGCAUCGUCCAAGGCGGCCACACCCAAAAAGUUCUCAAGCACAAGGGGAACCUCACGUGGUCGCGGUACAGUCAACACCAGAGGUGCAAGUACGAGAGGUAGAGCAUCCUCGGGUAUUGCACGCGGUCCUACUCGAGGUGCGAGGCCUAGCGGGCUGCCUAGAGGCCGUGGAAUGCGCCCAGUAUAACUUCAAGAUGCCCACCGUUAUGCCUUACUCAGAUUAUAGUUUGCCUCUGGAGGCGGCAGAGAUCUCACCCUAGCCAAGCAUUUUGGCAGCAGAUCCACCCCUAGAGCCAUUAUCGCGUGAGCAAUCACAUGGCAGCCUAUGAUCUCAGCAUUCAAGUCCAUCAGUGCAAUUCUAAGCUGUGGUACCUAAAGUGUGCGCCCAACCGAAACGACAACCGACCUGAGCCCCUGGGAUUUCAAAGAUUAUUGAAAGCCCAAUACGAAAAGGCCCGGUCGAAGCGUGACUAUACAGCGGCAAGAUUAAAUUCAGCUAUCAAAUUGCAUAGUCACCAUUUCACCUUGGUUGCUGUUAAGAGCUCAGUAACCCGUGGCUGUUACAAUUACGCGGAGCCUUGAUGAAGAACUGUUCCACCACAUCCCAUAUCUGUUCUUAAACACAAGCAUUGUCUAAGACACAUACAUCAACACCAUCCCAGAAAUUUAUUGGCGCCAUUUUGACUACAUGCCAUGGCAAAAAAUCCCGAGGAUUGCUCCUCAUUUCCCUUCUGACGGGCUACACUCCAUCCCUAGCUUCUUGUACUGCAUCCCGGUCCAGCCUUCGGGGAAAUACAGGCACCAGAGCCCUUUUGCUUUUCCAUCCAUCGCGGCACACAAUGUGUUGUAACACUCUGCGGGUAUCUUGGUCUCAUCAUAAGGCGCGAGCUUGCUUUCUUCACAGGCCUUUGUUAUGGGAUACUUGGGCGAGACCGUUUCGUUGCGGCAGGGUAGACCUAAGCUUUCCCCGACAUAGUUGGGCUGGUCUGACUCGGCAUGGCAGUAUUGCUCGUCAUUGUAGCAGACGACGGACCCGUUGUGACCGCAGGUUGAUGGGAGGCAGGUUGCGGGCUGGAGGUCGGAGAGCUGGCUAUACUGGAUGGCCAGCGAGUUUGCAGCGCUUGCGGCGGCAAUCACCAAGAGAAAUGUUCGGGCAAACAUGUUGCGUGGAUAGGCUUGGGUGUUAUGGACUGUUGGACUUGGUUCAGGAAGAUGCGUUAUGAGACAUGCCACAAACUCAGCAACGGCGGAGAAUAGGGGACUUAAAUACUUUCCGCGACACGACGAAACCGAUAUGAAAGCCAACGCAGGGGGGAUGAUUUACACUUGCAGCUUUUGGUGGCCCAUAUCGCGAAGCCGCAUAGUUAAACCCAUCAACAGCGAGCAUACCAUCAGGCAGAGCACCAACAGCCCGGAAUCUUCGGUACCGCAGAGUUCGGUACGACCAACCGACAAACACAGGGCUAUGUUCGGUACGCCGAUGCGCGCGCAUGCUGACCGUGGAUUCGUAUAAGAAGCGAAGAAACAAAGGUAUUACUCGCAGAGGCCGGGAUUCGCCUCUCAGGAUCUUGCAUUGCAUAUUACCAGAAAGACAGUAAAGAUAAAAAAUCACCCGAUUAUGUCAAUGAUUGGUGUGACGGUAGCGGCACGGAUAGCCUAGGAGGGCUGUUUGAAUACGAUGCCCUCGCCGGAGCCAUGCUUACGUUGAGUACCACUGUUACGUGUCUUCGGCA